AUGACGGCUGCUUUCCACCGCUUCCCGGACCUCCCUGCAGAGCUGCGCAACGCGGUUUGGCGCGCCGCACUGCCCGACGACGUUGGGCCGUCCCUCUUCUUCUACCGAAACAGGGGCUGCUGGCGGGUGCGCAGGUUGAACGAGUCGGACCCCGAGUUCAUACCCGUAGAUGGCGAACUCGAAAUGGAAUUUCGCACAGAUCUUCUCGGCUAUGAUAAUCAGUACCAAGUGCCCCUCAUUUUCGUCAAUCACGAGGCACACAGCCUCGCAGUAUCCUGGCUUGAUGAGCAUGGUAUCAAAAUCAAGAUUUUGCAGCCUAAGAAGUACGUCUUCACACGACCAUUUGAUUAUGACUCCGAUGUGCUGUACAUUGCGGACGACAAGUGGAAAGACUUUUGUUCAGAGCCCGGCGAUCGACAGCACGCAGCGGAUCUUCUAAAUCGUAACCACACUAUCCCGAACACUGUCUCCAGAUACGCCGUCUCGGAGAAGCUUUUUAUGCAGCGCGAACUUAUUGAGUGGCUGCCCGAGAUGGAGACGUGGCUGGAUAUACGUGCCAUCUUUGUCGUGGUCGGUGCCCAGCCCGACGGCGAGUCGGGGCCAUGGCGGUGGAAGUUGGAGGGUGCCGACGCAGGAACCUUUGUGUGGGAUACCGAGAAGCAAGAGUUGGAGUUUCGACGGGGUGUUGGUAUCAUCGACGAGGACGUGUACAGAAGGAUAGGAGAGGCUGCUCGCACGAAUCUAUCUGAUCAGCUACGAGUCUACAUGAAGAAUAAAGCGCCAGAGGUUUUGCCUGUUAUGGUAGCUAGAACGCAGUAA